CUCGGACGGCGCAGGACACCGCUCGGAGCCCAGCUCCGGGGCAGGCAUGGAGCGUCCGGUGAGAGUGAGGACUUGGGUGGAGGAGAACCGGGCCUCCUUUCUGCCCCCCGUCUGCAACAAGCUCCUGCAUAAGGAGCAGCUCAAAGUCAUGUUCAUCGGGGGCCCCAACAUCAGGAAGGAUUACCACAUCGAGGAGGGUGAGGAGGUGUUCUACCAGCUGGAGGGCGACAUGGUUCUCAAAGUGCUGGAGCGCGGGAAACAGCGGGACGUGGUCAUUCGGCAGGGAGAGAUAUUCCUCCUGCCUGCUGGGAUCCCCCACUCUCCACAGAGAUUUGCUAACACCGUGGGGCUGGUGAUUGAGCGGAGGCGGCUGAGAACCGAGCUAGAUGGGCUCAGGUACUACAUAGGAGACACCACGGAUGUCCUGUUUGAGAAGUGGUUCUACUGCGAGGACCUUGGCACACAGCUGGUCCCCAUCAUCCAGGAGUUCUUCAGCUCUGAGCAGCACAGAACAGGGAAGCCCAUCCCAGACCAGCUGCUCAAGGAAACACCGUUCCCCCUGAGCACACGAUCUGUCAUGGAGCCCAUGUCCCUGGAGGCCUGGCUGGAUGGCCACCGCAGGAAGCUACAAGGGGGCACACCCCUCAGCCUGUUUGGGGACACCUAUGAGACCCAGGUGAUCGUCCAUGGACAAGGCAGCAGCAAAGGCCCGAGGCAGGAUGUGGACACGUGGCUGUGGCAGCUGGAGGGCUCCUCCGUGGUGACCGUGGGGGGGCAGCGCCUGAGCCUGACCCCUGAUGAAAGCCUCCUGGUGCCAGCCGGAGCGGAGUACACCUGGGAGAGAGGGCAAGGCUCUGUGGCCCUGGCUGUCACCCAGGACCCCGCCCGCAAGAAGCCCCUGGGGUGAUCAUCGUGCUGUGGGCCCAGAGCAGCCACAGAACGAGUCCCAGCACCACCCUGAUGACUACUUUCCCAGCCCCCACUGCUUCUAGGUGUACUGCUGCUGAGUCACUAGGGCCCCUGCCGGGCCCUGCACAUCCUUGUCGUCCAUCCUCCUCCCGUCCGCUCAUGCCAGACUCUCCCUUUCUCCUCUAACAGCUCUCAGCCCACUGACCCACCUGGUUCUGCCAGUGGUUUGUCCCUGAGGCUGGGCGGCCUCUCCCUCCCUCUGUUCUCACAGGCUCAUUCCGACACUUGUCCGCCACCGAGCGGGCCCUCAAUAAAGGCUUCCUGGGGACGAGUGCCUUGGGUCUGCAAGGACACAGGCUGUGGUCGGCGGCUGGCCCAUGCGCUCCCGUGAUAUCUGGAUGUCCAGGCACCGGGUGACCUGGACAUGUGGAGGGUCUGUUAG